AUGUCGACCACACACAUAGAGACCCACGUCCAGUACAACCACUCGUACAUGAUGACGGAGGACUACAUGGCACAGGAAGACGACUGGGACCGCGACCUGCUGCUCGACCCAGCCUGGGAAAAGCAACAGCGAAAGACAUUCACAGCCUGGUGUAACUCUCACUUGAGGAAGGCAGGAACACAGAUCGAGAACAUUGAAGAAGAUUUCCGGAAUGGCCUGAAGCUCAUGCUUCUGCUGGAGGUGAUUUCAGGUGAAAGGUUGCCAAAGCCAGAUAAAGGGAAGAUGCGCUUCCACAAGAUCGCCAAUGUUAACAAGGCACUAGACUUCAUCGCCAGCAAGGGGGUCAAGCUGGUAUCUAUUGGUGCUGAGGAAAUUGUGGAUGGGAACCUGAAGAUGACUCUGGGCAUGAUCUGGACAAUCAUCCUUCGAUUUGCUAUCCAGGACAUCUCGGUGGAAGAAACCUCAGCCAAGGAGGGGCUGCUGUUGUGGUGCCAGAGGAAGACUGCUCCCUACCGGAAUGUGAAUGUGCAAAACUUCCACAUCAGCUGGAAGGAUGGCCUGGCACUCUGCGCCCUGAUCCACAGGCACCGUCCUGACCUCAUUGACUACGCCAAGCUCAGAAAGGAUGAUCCCAUUGGGAAUCUCAACACAGCCUUUGAGGUGGCUGAGAAGUAUCUGGAUAUCCCUAAGAUGUUGGAUGCAGAAGAUAUUGUCAACACCCCCAAACCGGACGAGAAAGCCAUCAUGACCUACGUCUCCUGCUUCUACCACGCCUUUGCAGGUGCAGAGCAGGCUGAGACGGCGGCCAACAGGAUCUGCAAGGUGCUUGCUGUCAAUCAAGAGAAUGAAAAGCUGAUGCAGGAGUACGAGAAGCUGGCCAGUGAGCUCCUGGAAUGGAUCCGGCGCACCAUCCCGUGGCUGGAGAACCGCGUGCCAGAGAAGAGCAUGAGCGCCAUGCAGCGCAAGCUGGAGGACUUCCGGGACUACCGGCGCGUGCACAAGCCCCCCCGCGUGCAGGAGAAAUGCCAGCUGGAGAUCAACUUCAACACUUUGCAGACGAAGCUGCGCCUCAGCAACCGCCCAGCCUUCAUGCCCUCCGAGGGGAAGAUGGUCUCUGAUAUUGCAAACGCCUGGAAGGGGCUGGAGCAGGUUGAGAAAGGCUAUGAGGAAUGGCUGCUGACCGAGAUCAGGCGCCUGGAGCGCCUGGACCACCUGGCUGAGAAAUUUAAGCAGAAAGCCACCCUGCACGAGACCUGGACCAGAGGGAAGGAGGAGAUGCUCUCACAGAAGGACUACGAAUCAGCAUCUCUGUAUGAGAUCCGAGCCCUGAUGCGCAAGCAUGAGGCCUUUGAAAGUGACUUGGCCGCCCACCAGGACCGUGUGGAGCAGAUCGCAGCCAUCGCGCAGGAGCUCAAUGAGCUGGACUACCACGACGCAGCCUCUGUGAACUCCCGCUGCCAGGCCAUCUGUGACCAGUGGGACACCCUGGGGACACUCACUCAGAAGAGGAGAGAUGCCCUGGAGCGUGUGGAGAAGCUGCUGGAGACCAUUGACCAGCUGUACCUGGAGUUUGCCAAGAGAGCUGCCCCCUUCAACAACUGGAUGGAUGGGGCCAUUGAGGACCUCCAGGACAUGUUCAUUGUGCACAGCAUCGAAGAGAUCCAGAGCCUGAUUACAGCCCACGAGCAGUUCAAAGCCACCCUGCCUGAGGCUGACAAGGAGCGCAUGGCCAUCCUGGGCAUCCAGAACGAGAUCCAGAAGAUUGCGCAGACCUACGGCAUCAAGCUGUCGGGCUUGAACCCUUACACCAACCUCUCGCAUCUCGACAUCGCCAACAAGUGGGACAGGGUGAAGCAGCUGGUCCCACACCGUGAUCAAACCCUGCAAGAAGAGCUGGCAAGACAGCAAGCCAAUGAACGCCUCCGACGCCAGUUUGCUGCCCAGGCUAACAUUAUUGGUCCCUGGAUCCAGACAAAGAUGGAGGAGAUCGGCCACAUCUCUGUGGACAUCAGCGGGUCUCUUGAGGACCAGAUGAACCACCUGAAGCAGCAUGAGCAGAACAUCAUCAACUACAAGGCCAACAUUGACAAGCUGGAGGGUGACCACCAACUCAUCCAAGAGGCCCUCAUCUUUGACAACAAGCACACCAGCUACACCAUGGAGCACAUCCGGGUGGGCUGGGAACAGCUGCUGACCACCAUUGCCCGCACUAUCAACGAAGUCGAGAACCAGAUUCUGACCCGCGAUGCCAAGGGAAUCAGCCAGGAACAGAUGAACGAGUUCCGGGCCUCCUUCAACCAUUUCGACCGGAAGAGAAACGGAAUGAUGGACCCUGACGACUUCCGGGCCUGCUUGAUCUCCAUGGGAUAUGACUUGGGCGAGGUGGAGUUUGCACGCAUCAUGACCCUGGUGGAUCCAAACAACACAGGUGUGGUGACCUUCCAAGCCUUCAUUGACUUCAUGACUCGUGAAACAGCUGAGACAGACACUGCUGAGCAAGUCGUGGCUUCCUUUAAGAUCCUGGCUUCAGACAAGAACUACAUCACGAUAGAAGAGCUACGUCGGGAGCUGCCACCAGAGCAGGCCGAAUACUGCAUCAGCAGGAUGACAAAGUACUCAGGAGCUGACGCUGUGUCCGGCGCUUUGGACUAUGUCUCCUUCUCCAGCGCCCUGUACGGAGAGAGCGACCUGUGAUCUCCCUGCUCCCCGUUCCCCCCCUGCCCACCUACCCCCACCUCACCAGAAACAAAAAAAAAAAGCAUGUGGGAGCAGAGCGACUCCCCACACACUUGCUUGUGGGAAACUGGCGCCGAGAGCCUUGUGCCCACCAUGGAAGAGGGGAGGGCACUACCGCUAGCAACCCCACCACCACCACCAAAUAUCUUCCCCUGCUGCUGGGCAAGAGGCUGUGAGAUUCCCCCCCACUUCCACCCACAUGCUGCAGCUGGUGGAUCCAGGGUGGUCUUGGCGAGGAAACAGUCUCUCAAGGUUCCCCCUUCCCCCUUUGUAGAAGCUGUCAUGUCUGUUCUUUGCUGCUGAGCUAGUUGCACACAUUCCCCCUCUGCCCCACACAUUCCCUUCCCUCUUCCCCAGAACCCCCCUCUUUCCCCUGGCCCACCCCCACAGGAGAGGCAAGUGCUGUUGCUGAC